GCUAAGUAUUAUUUGAAUUUGAAUAUUAAUUGGCAAAACAUCAUUAAUGUGAAGGAAAUUAAAGGAAUGAAGAUCAAAGCUAGCUAAUUUAGAGGAAGGGAUAUGUAACACAAAAUAAGUUCGUACAAGUUGCAUGAACAAAAAAGUUCGAUAUAUUUCAAAAAAAGCAAAGAUGUGGAGAAUGAAUAUAGCAAAAGGGGGCAAUGAUCCCUACCUAUUCAGCACAAACAACUAUGUUGGAAGGCAGAUAUGGGAGUUUGAUCCGAAUUAUGGAACUCCAGAAGAACUUGCUGAGGUUGAAAAAGCACGAGCUGAUUUUUGGAAUAAUCGACAUAAAGUUAAGACGAGCAGUGAUAUUCUUUGGCGCAUGCAGUUUCUAAGAGAAAAGGAGUUUAAACAAACAAUACCCCAAGUGAAAAUAGAAGACGAUGAACAAGUCACCGAUGAAAAAGCUAAAAUAACAUUGAGGAGGGCGGUCAACCUCUUUUCAGCCUUGCAGGCUGAUGAUGGUCACUGGCCAGCCGAAAAUGGAGGUCCCCUUUAUUUCAUGCAGCCUUUGGUCAUGUGCUUGUAUGUUACUGGGCACCUUAACAGUGUUUUCACAGAAGAAUAUCGAAAAGAGAUCCUACGGUAUAUGUAUUGCCAUCAGAAUGAAGACGGUGGAUGGGGAUUUCACAUCGAGGGUCAUAGCAUUAUGUUUUGCACCACCCUUAGCUACAUUUGUAUGCGUCUUUUAGGAGAAGGGCCCGACGGUGGUCUGAAUGGUGCAUGCGCCAAGGCACGGAAAUGGAUUCUUGAUCAUGGCACUGCCACAGCCAAUCCGUCAUGGGGCAAAACAUGGCUUUCCAUACUCGGCUUAUGUGAGUGGUCUGGAACCAACCCAAUGCCCCCGGAGUUCUGGAUCCUCCCUUCUUUCCUACCUAUGCAUCCAGCAAAAAUGUGGUGCUAUUGUCGGCUGGUAUAUAUGCCGAUGUCAUACCUAUAUGGAAAACGAUUUGUUGGUCCUAUUACUCCAUUGAUUGUGGAACUUAGAAAUGAAAUAUUUCUACAGCCCUACCAUGAAAUUAAUUGGAAGAGCAUUCGGCAUGUAGUUGCAAAGGAAGAUAUAUACUAUCCGCAUCCUUUACUACAAGAUUUGAUGUGGGAUAGUCUCUAUCUUUUUACCGAGCCUCUGUUAAAUCGAUGGCCAUUUAACAAAUUGCGUGAAAAGGCACUUAGAACUACAAUGAACCAUAUCCAUUAUGAAGAUGAAAACAGUCGAUAUAUCACAAUUGGUUCAGUAGAAAAGGUAUGCCAAAUAACAACAUACCCAAAGAUUAUUAGAUCAUUCAAAAAUCACUGUGGGGAUUUAACAUUUGUUAUUCAGGCACUGUGUAUGCUGUCAUGCUGGGUUGAGGAUCCAAAUGGAAUUUGUUUCAAAAAGCACCUUGCCCGAAUCCCAGACUAUCUUUGGGUUGGAGAAGAUGGAAUGAAAAUGCAGAGUUUUGGCAGUCAACAGUGGGAUGCUGGUUUUGCCAUUCAAGCUCUAUUGGCUACCGAUCUUACUGAAGAAAUUGGAUGCACCUUGAAAAAGGGGCAUGAAUUUAUUAAAGCUUCACAGGUCAAAGACAAUCCUUCCGGUGAUUUCAAAAGCAUGCACCGGCAUAUUUCUAAGGGAUCAUGGACCUUUUCAGAUCAAGACCAUGGAUGGCAAGUUUCUGACUGUACUGCUGAAGGACUAAAGUGUUGCCUCCUAUUUUCCAACAUGCCACCAGAAAUUGUUGGUGAGCACAUGAAGCCUGAGCAACUAAAAGAUGCUGUCAACAUAAUACUUUCAUUACAGAGCAAAAAUGGUGGGCUAUCUGCAUGGGAACCGGCUGGAUCAUCAGACUGGCUGGAGUUUCUCAAUCCUACAGAAUUCUUUGCUGAUAUUGUCAUUGAGCACGAGUAUGUUGAGUGCACAUCAGCAUCAAUGCAGGCACUGGUUUUGUUUAAAAAGUUGUACCCAGGGCAUAGAAGAAAAGAGAUAGAAAAUUUCCUUCCAAAUGCAUGUAGAUACCUGGAGAAUAUACAGAUGCCAGAUGGUUCAUGGUAUGGAAACUGGGGUGUGUGUUUCACAUAUGGUACCUGGUUCGCUCUUGGAGGACUGGCAUCAGUUGGAAAGACGUACGAAAAUUGUCCAGCAAUUCGUAAGGGUGUUAAUUUUUUGCUGGAAACACAGCUAAAGGAUGGAGGUUGGGGAGAGAGCUACAAAUCCAGCCCAGAAAAGAAAUAUGUACCCCUGGAAGGAGGCCGGUCCAACUUAGUACACACUGCAUGGGCUAUGAUGGGACUGAUUCAUUCUCGGCAGGAGGAGAGAGACUCAACACCUCUACACAAAGCAGCCAAGUUGAUCAUCAACUCCCAGUUGGAGAAUGGUGAUUUUCCUCAACAGGAAAUAGCUGGAGUCUUCAUGAAGAACUGCAUGCUACACUACGCAUUAUACAGAGAUAUAUAUCCAAUGUGGGCUCUAGCUGAAUAUCGCAAGCACGUGUUGCCAAAGCUCAAACGCAUAUAGUACUACCAUGGAGCCAGUAAUCAACUUAAUUAUUUCAGUGCAUAUAGAAAUAAUAAUAAUGUACUAUAACGGAAACAAAUUGUUACUCUUCAUUAUUUACAGUUUUGUUAAUUAUUUAGUUCCUGUGAGCCCACAACAUUUAUGUAAUGAUCCCUACUGUUAAUAUAAAUAAAUGAGUUAUUUCAGA